AUGCCGGACAAGAUCCUCGACGAUAUUUCCCAUCGGAGAUACAACCCCCUCACCAACACCUGGCUGCUGGUGUCGCCUCACCGUACUAAGCGGCCAUGGCAAGGCCAGCAGGAACCUGCUGUGGCAAAUACGCUGCCAGAAUAUGAUCCAAAGUGCUACCUCUGUCCCGGAAAUCCUCGGGCGGCGGGAGAUACCAACCCGAAGUACGAAAAGACGUUUGCCUUCGUCAACGACUACAGCGCAGUCAAGGAGCAGCAGCCAGAGUACACGGCAGAGAGUUCUGGCGACGACGACGUCGAGUCGUCCCUCCUGCGGGCCGAGAGCGUCAAGGGCGUAUGCUACGUCCUCACCUUCUCGCCCAAGCACUCUGUUACUCUUGCCGACAUGCCCGGACGCGACAUCCUCCCCGUAGUGGAGCACUGGACGCGCAUCUACGCCAACCAUCUGUCGUCCUCGAGCCCUCUUGCCCCCGCGGCGGCCAAGCUCCAGCUGUCGCUCGGCCCCGAGGACGCCCCCGUCCCCAAGGACUCGUACCGGUACAUGCAGAUCUUUGAGAACAAGGGCGCGGCUAUGGGCUGCUCCAAUCCGCACCCGCACUGCCAAGUGUGGACGACGUCCAGCAUGCCGGAGGAGCCGGGCAAGGAGCUAGCGCAGAUGACACGGUACCGUGCCGAGCACGGCGGACGCCACCUACUGGCUGACUACGUGAAGCUGGAGCUGUCCAAAGGUGAGAGGGUGCUCUUCCAGAACGACGCCUUCCUCGUCGUCUGCCCCUGGUGGGCCGUCUGGCCGUUCGAGGUGCUCCUCCUGCCCAAGCGGCACGUCCGGUCGCUCGUCGACCUCGACGACUCGGAGCGUCUGCAGUUUGCAGAGGCCAUUCAGGAGAUCACCCGCCGCUACGACAACCUCUUCGAGUGCAGCUUCCCCUACAGCUCGGGCAUCCACCAGGCCCCGCUGUCCGGCACGCAGGAGGAGGUCGACAAUUCUUACCUGCACAUGCACUUCUACCCGCCGCUGCUGCGCUCCGCCACGGUGCGCAAGUUCCUGGUCGGAUAUGAACUCAUGGCCGAGCCGCAGCGCGACAUCACGCCUGAGCAGGCUACUGCUCGUCUGCGCAACUGCAGCGGAGAUCUGUACCGGAACAAGAUA